AUGCCGAAAGUAAAAGAGAUCAAUCAUCCUUGUCAUUUGCUCAGCCUUCCCUCUGCCAAACGUUUCUGGUGCCGUCACUGCAUGACGGUUUUUGAGGAUGCAAUCACCAGAUGGCAUCACAGCCGCUCAUGCCGCUAUGGGGCGGUCAACAACUUUAUGAAGCGGCGGGAACUAGAAGUAAAAGCACUUCAGAACACAGCUGUCCUCAACCCUGUUGAAGCUAGGAUAGAGCAGAGCAUUCAGAUGUGUGACUUAGCUACCUCAUCCGCCGUAGGCUCAGCGGGGCCUGGUGACGAGCCCCAACUCGUGCCAGUUUCUGAUUCCUUCAACUGCCUUAUUUGUCACCAGAAGUUUGCUACAAUGGAAGAGAUGAGAGUUCAUGUGAAGUAUCCUUGCAGCAGCAGUACAGUCAUCACUUCCUGUGCUUCGCAUCCUAGACAUUCAGUUCCUGUGUUUAUUGAUGCCAUGCCGACACAGACUUCUCAGUGGCAGCUAACUUCACAGCAUCAGCAACAUGAGAUGCAUUCAACAGCUACUUUUGUUCACACCCAGUCGCAGCAGUUGUCUAGUUAUGACAUUGAUAUUCAAUCGCAGGAGGAGGUGGAGUCCCAGUGUUAUGACACAGAGGCCACCUAUACCAGUACUGGAAGUAGCACAACUGAAACCAUUACUCCAACAAACAUCUAUGUUAAUGAACAGGGUGAAACCGUUAUUGAGGUAGAGAAUUUAGACUUAAAUUCCGAGGUUGGUGAGCUUUCUCUGGCUCAUCUUCUCACUCAGCUUUCGCAGCAAGGCAUUGUGUUCGAUAAGACCAGAUCGGCAGAGCUUCAGGGCCAGCAUGAGGUGACAGUUAGUGUUGAUGCAUCCAAUACUUUCUACACAACAGAUGAAUCUUCUCAACAGGCUUCAGCCAUAGAUGAAGAAGAAGGACAGCCUACAGCUGAAGAUGCUGCAAACACACUAGCACAGCUAGCCGGGUUCAGAAGUUUCAGUAGAUCUGCCCAAAUACAAUCACACGACGAACUACAGUUACACCCUGACACUCAUGCUACUCAGACCUACAGCUACAGUAGUUCAGCUAAUCCAAAUAGGCAGUACACAACCAAAUCCUAUCCUCAUGCAAAUGUAAAAUAUGAGUAUGAAUAUGCUGAUUCACUUUCAGCUUGUGAUCCAUCCAUAGUUUCUACCCAGCAGAUAGUUCUUCAUCAAGCUAUAGAAUCUGCCUCACAGGAUUACGAAAAUGUUAGUCUGGAGCAGUCAUCUGCUCAGCAGUAUAGUAAUAAUUCACCAAAUGGUGCUUAUGCCGCUGAGCUGAACACCCACCAACAGAUUGAGCUGGAGAGAGAAGCCGUUGCCAGCAUUGAAAGUUUGAAGGAGAACUUUGUGGUGGAUGCUGAUGGGGCGCAGUCUGUGCUGUUUUCUUACCCCAUACAAAGCAGUGAGUCUGGACAGCUAAUUCUAAACCCUGCUGUUACCUCCGCCCAUUUAAUGCACGGAGAGCAAGCUGAAUACGUUGUGAGUGGGGAAGACAAAUCUGGGAGUGUGGAGUUAUAUUUAACCUCUUCGUCUGAAGGUAACACAUACAUCACAGCCUUGAAUGCAAAUGUUGCAUCUGACAGUCAGGAAAAUACCCAGCCCACUGUUGCAUUAGACGAAGCUGAAAGUCAUGUUGAGGAGUGUCAUGAAUUGCAAGCACAGACAAUCUCACUGCAAGAUUUUGAGGACUCUGAAAGCAAAGCCGUACAGUUUGUUAGCCAGACAUUAACUCCUCAAGCCUUACAUUCUGUUGAUACUGAUCUUGGGAUGGGGGAAGUGACAGACUCAUGUAUUAAGCAGGAGGACCAGGGUAAUGAGAGUUCACUGGUUGAGCUGACUUCUAUCAAGGAGGAAGUCAUUUGUCAGUCAUUGCAGGAUGCUCCAGGGGAUGAAAUAGCUGAACAGGCAUCUGAUGUAGAGGCUACUUUAACCCAGGUUUUACCUACAAACAAUGUCAGUGCAUAA